CUCCUAAGUUCCAAACCAAGUAACCAAGGUCACCGGUUUGAGACAACAAUGAAAAUCUGAAACAAAACUUGAAAAGUUUAUAAGCUGGCCAAUAUGUACAAAGUAAAAUAUUUGGGAGCUAUACGGUAAUUUCUCACAAAACUCCUAUCCGGGGACUGACACGACAAUUUUGUAUUUGACAACAAAAACCCAGCCAGGGCAUUUCCCCGCUCCGACUUACCUGCCGUCCCCUCCCCUCAAUACCCUCCCUGCAAUCGCUCGCCGCCGGUCCCCCCACUCCGCCGUCUUCCUCUCUCCGGCUCGCCCUCGCCGCCACUCUCGUUCGUCGGCUUCUCUCAAUCGCCAUCCUCCUCCGACGCGUCUUCGCCCCCUCUACGAGAGGGGAGUUCUCCGGUGAAGUAAUACAACCUGUGAAGGAAUCAUUGAUUGCCUGCUCUUAGAUUCACCAGAUCCAUGAAGCUAAUUGCUAUUGCGAGAAGAGCAGCGGUUCAUUCCCGUGCAAGUCUCCGCUUUGAAGUUAAUGGGUUCUUGCAGGUUAGGUGUUUCCAGCACGACUUCGUUCCUAGAGAACCUUCGGUCAAGCCCACGAAGUACAAGUACCCAGCUUUCUAUGAUCCGUAUGGUCCCCGGCCUCCUCCAUCAGAGAAGAUUGUUCAGCUUGCAGAGCAGAUUGCAGCCUUGCCACUCGAGGAACGGCGCCAGAUUGGACCUGCUCUGGGGCUCAAGCUGAGCCAUCCGAAGCUCGAGACGAUCUCUACAGAAGGAAUGGAGUUGGGAUCAGCAGGAGGAGGAGGGGCUGGUGCAGGAGCUGCGAAGGUUGAGGAGAAGAAGGAGAAGACCGCGUUUGAUGUGAAGCUUGAGAAGUUUGAUGCAGCUGCUAAGAUUAAGGUGAUUAAGGAAGUCAGAGCUUUUACCAACUUGGGAUUGAAAGAGGCCAAAGAGUUGGUUGAGAAGGUGCCCGUUUUGCUUAAACAAGGAGUCACCAAAGAUGAAGCCAAUAGCAUCAUAGAGAAGAUCAAAGCUGCUGGUGGGUCCGCUGUCAUGGAGUGAUCAAGCUUUGAGCAGUUGUUUUCGUUACACUUUCGUUUGGCUUUUUCGAUCUUUUCUUCUGAUCUUGUUAGAUUGAUAUCGAAUUGCCAGAAAGAUGAGUUGAAUAACUAGCAGAUGCAAAAAUGGGACAACAAUGCUGUAUUUUUGAAGUAGCUCCAACUGGAUCGAUUAUCGAUAUUAGAAAGUUUUUGUUUGAUUGAUUUCCAC